GUAAUUUCACAAGGUUCAAUAUUAGCGCUCCUCACAACUCGUAAUAUAUAGAUUUUUCCAACGCUUUUUGAACGUCGUUUUUGAACGUCAUUUUUAUGAACAAAUGGGAAUCUUGAAAGCGCGUGCAUUGAGAUAAAUGGGAGAUAAAUUGGGAUCAUUUGUCAGUCUAUUUGACAUUUUCAAGUCCCUUUACUAAAAAUAUGACAACUUAAAAUGAAAGCUGUCCGUCUUUUCUAACAAAGUGACAAGUUAGGAGUUAAUCUGGGCUCUUAAAUCUAAUGAUACGUGUUUAUCGUAUCCGUGUCUCAACCGGCGCCACACAGACCAAGCUGAGGUCGGCUUAGAAUCUUAAGUCCGACAUCGCUAUUUCUCAAGCUAAGGAAUGGUCCAUGAUCUCAGAAGAGGAUUAAGACACCACACACAACAGCGCAAUAUCAAAAUCAACGUACUUCCUUUUCAUGGCGUUUUUUUCAGUAGUAAAAAAAAUCAUGCAGUAGUCAAGCUGUAAGCUCCGCAGAGACAUGAUAUUUUUGCGGGAAAAUGUACCAUGGGACCGUUGGAGGGGUCAUUCGGUAAAUGGUUAUUUUGAUACAGAAAAGCCAACGAAAAAUGAAUUUAGUAACAUUUAAUAGGGUCUUUCGUUUUUUGAAGCAGUAGCUUGCUUUCAAAGCCUCUGAUCUUUAAAAAGAAUACCAACCUCCUAGGAAAUGUGAAGUCGAAUUAACAUUCUCACAGCAUACGUAGAAACUAUUCUAUUCUACGUUUUCCUGUUUCUCAUAGCUAGCUGAUUACGACGUUAAAAUUAGCUUCUAAUGUUCAACCCCGAAAAGUAGCAAUGCUAAAGCAAAUCAGUAUCGUCGCGCAAACUUGUCGCCUAUUGCCCGACUGCAUUUCUUUCGACAUGACGGAUUUCCCUGGUUUUGAGUUAAACCUAGUUUUGAUAUAAUCAUUUUGUAAAUUGUGAAAGGGGUCUACACCUCGUGCUUUUUAGUAGACUCCUAAUCAUCACUUAUUUUUUGCAUUUUUGUAAUUAUACUAUAUAUGAAAUAAACUUGAUUGAAUUAUGCAUGCAGAAAUAGUUAUGAAAUAGUUUGUGUUUUGACAAGGAGGCCAAUAUAUGUGACACGGUUGCAUUAUGCGCGAAGAUUUAUCGCCCAUUCAAAGGCAGUUAAUAACAGGCUCGUAAAAUGUCAGAACUAAAUAUUCGCCUUUCCUUUCUCCCUACUAAUGACUGUUUGGAGAAGUCAUAGAUUAAACACUCCUGCAAGAGAAAUGUUCAUUUGAAAGACACAUAAUUACAGCCAUUUAUUCUGCAACGACAAAUGAGGUUUAACAGCUAUUAAUUACACAGUGCGCAGUGUGUGAAAAAGAACAUUAAUUGCGAAAAGGAGAGUCUGUUUUAAGGGGCCAACCCCUUUUUUUUUGUAUCGCACUGCUGGGAAGGAUUAGAAGCUGUUGCGUCUUGUCACAAUGUUUUUAUCCGUUAUUGCGGCUUUGAGAGGGGUUUAGGGCUGUCAACCAUUCCGACUCUACCACCCUAUGUAAUAUUGACAAGAAGCUCACUAUUAUUUCGCCAUCUUGCAAUCCGUUUGUUAGCCAUGACCUUAAGGCUGACACAUCCACACAAGCCGGGAAAUCUAUUGACAUGAGCUUGCCCGAGCGCUCACCGCUAGUCGCACGAUGCUCGAGUCCUCACCUCCUCAGGUCGCCUACACUUUCGGUGAGUUGAUUGUCAAAACAGUUCUCCUUUGACUACGCGUGUCAUCGUCUUGUUUAUUUGCUUAUGACCUUAUUACUUCCUGACUGUUCAAACGAAAUGAAGCCACUCGUUUCUAUCGAUCUAUGCAACGCGAAUUUAUUCGACUUUCACAAACUCGUAAGCGACGAAGCGAGAUGCAACGAAAGAAGGCUACGCAUUUAGAAGCGUGACUUUUAUUAUUGACAGAUUUACCUAGUUAAAUAUUGACAUAACAAAAACUUCCCCGCCUACAAGAACGUACAACGUCUCCCACAGAUAACCCAAGCCUGUAUGAUUGAUGAAUCGGAAAGAACCGAAUUGUUUUGAGCGCGAAUUCUCGUUAGUAAGUCUGUAUUUGGUGAGACAAUGUGCCAAACUUGCAAAAGGCACAAGAUGUUGUCAAGAAGUAAAGACGCAUCAAACCCAUGGAAAAGUACCCUGGUUCCAGAUCCUCGAACGUCUCUCUAUUUAUGAUUUAGUGGCCAGCGAGUGAUAGCGUGGACACUCUUCGCUUUAUCAGCUGCCCGCCGCUGUCCUGCAGACGGAGUCGUAGCCGGAGUCAAGGGGGAGAUAUCAACUCCACAUUUCCCGGAGUACUACCCCCAUAGAAUCAGCUGUGAGUGGAUAAUCUUCGUUCGUAAUGGCUACCACGUCAAGUUAGAAUUCACGCACUUUGACUUGGAGUACUGUAUGUUUUGUAAAUGCGACUAUGUGGAGAUAAGAGAUGGGCGGAACUCUUCGGCGCCAUUGAUAGGGAAGUUCUGCGAGAGCAGCAGACUGGGCACUAUUUUCUCUACGGGCAGAUACCUUUGGGUUAAAUUUUAUUCAGACGUCGGCGGCAGAUUUCAGGGGUUUCGUGCCGUUUAUACAGCUCAGAAAAACGGGAAAACCUUCAAAGAGCCCCUCUAUCUCAGCGACCGAUCCGGGACCUUUUCAAGUCCAAAGACCUCGGCGUCAUGUGGCUCUGAUCGUCAGUGCACGUGGCUGGUACGUGCCGGGCGCGAGAGUCGCACGAGGCUCACAAUCUACAACAUCUCCCUUCCGAGAUGCAGUACUCCUUGUGGGUGCAACCGCAUACAGGUCAGAGAUGGGAUGAACGAGACAAGCAGGCUCAUCGCUGAGUUCUGUCACAGCAUAAGUGAGCCCGAGACCAUGUGUUCCACUACUCGUCACAUGUGGAUACGAUUCCAGUACGGCGCUGGCGUGGAUCUCACAAAACACGGCUUUAUGGCGAAGUACGAAGAACACAGUUGUGGGAUAGCAGAGAAAAUCCAGACCAAACAGCCGGAAGCGAAAGAAGUUUCCCUAGACACGGUGGUGGGUAUUUUGUGCGCGAGCUUCACGCUCAUGGCCCUUCUCACUUUCUUCAUGGUUUGCAUAGCGAGCAGAAAGCUAUCACGGGAUCGAAGGAAACAGCGACCUUCGCAAACGUCCACGACUUUAGUAGAGCAAAGCCAACCAAGAACUGGAUCGAGUCCUACGGACUGGACUAGUGACACGUGCGAUUCGUGCGUGUAUCAUACUCACGUGCACUUAAUCCAUGAUGGCGAAUCAGAAUACGCCGAGGAUUACCCAAGACACUUUGCGGCCGUGCAUACUCCUAUGUACUAUUGUACGUAUUGUCAAACGCAGCUCUCUAGACCGAUUGCCAUUUUAUAGCAUGUCCCCAUACUUGGUAUUAUUUUCGGGGUAGAGAAAAAUUGAAGAUGUAUAAUAGAUAUAAGCAGAGAUUAUAGGAAGAGGAGCUUUUCACAGUGGAAUGCGGUAUUCUCACUCGUGACAUGCGCAAAAGCCUCUACAAUUCAGUUCUCUAUUGCUUAUUGUUGGUUAAUCAAUGUGAGAGUAUUCAGAUUUUUAUAGAUAUCUUACUGUAAUUUAUUUUCAUGGGACAUUUAAAUUGCAAAAAUAGAGAAGUAUUUGACAAGAAUGUUGAUAAUAUGUAUAUAUUUUAGUACACCUUAUUUUGAUAUGUUUUAUAGGGAAAAAUGCAAUGAGAUAAUAAUUUACAUGAAUGUUAGAGGUGAAUGAAUGGCGUCUAAUUUAUGUAUGAUACACGAGAGUCGCUAUGGUAGUUUCUUAUUAUAAGCAUAAAAUGCUUUACAUUUAGUAAAAUACUUAGAACCAUG